AAUUUUCAUAACCUUUUUUUUUUGAACUGAAGGAAAUCGUAAAUGGCGAAGGCGAACCGCAAAAUUAAUUAAUUAGAAGCGAGUGUUUGUUACUGUGACUUUUAUGAUUAUUUAGUGAAUUAAAUCCCCAAUAAGAUGGAAAUUACACGUACAACGCUCGGCAUCGCUGUCGGUUUGGCUGGAACACUCUUCCUAGGGUACUGUGUAUAUUUUGACCAACAACGUCGCAAAGAUCCUCUAUUCAAAAAGAAGCUCAGGGAACGGCGUGAAAAGCUUCAACAGAACUCGACGCGGUCCCGCACCAUGGGUGGGCCUCUGCCUGACAUGAGCGACCAUGAAGCCAUGCAGAGAUUCUUCUUGCAACAGAUCCAAUUGGGUGAGGAACUCCUGGCUGCCGGAGAGCUGGAGGCGGGAGUGGAGCACCUGGGGCAGGCAGUGGCAGUGUGCGGGCAAACGCAGCAGCUGUUGAGUGUACUCCAACAAACGAUGCCCGCCCCGAUCUUCCACCUGCUUCUGAAGAAGCUGCCCGAGGUGUCGGAGCGCCUGCGCGCCUCCAUGCGGGGUGGCGGUGGCGCGCUCCAGGAGGAGGACGUCGAAUAAAUUGUACCUACCUCGUACUAUUCUUUUUGUUAGUGUUACCAUGAAUCAAUCUAUUCCAGGAAGUCUGCUUUUCUUUAGAUGUAGUGGUCAUGAAAUGAGGCGCUCAAAAGAGGAAAUUUCCACAUCUCAAUGACAAAUAAUACCUAAAUAUCGUCUACAAUGUCGAGUUGUGUAUUAAGUCGGUCAAAAAAAAAACUUUUUAUUUCAAUUAGGCUUAGUUUACAAGCACUUUUGAAAGGUCAAGUAUAUGUCAAAAUGUAAUUUAAUCUAAUAGUGGUAAUAAUAGACGAAAACUUAAAAUUAAAGUUACGAGGGUUCUAAACGCGCCUUGGUCUGAGAAGAGCCCACAACAAACUCAACCAAGGUAUUUUUUUUUCUGGCCAGUUUGAUGACAUACCAUACUCGUUUGAGUGUAUACGCGUCUCAGUCAGUCUGAUGACUUAUAAGUCAUAAAAAAAAAAGAAAAAAAUCUCGUCCGUUUAGCAGGGGAGUGUCGUCAACUUGUCGACCUAUGGCGUACCUUGCCACUACAUCCAAAGCCAAACAGUAACCUACCAGAAUACAUUGAAUGUAAACAGACAACAGCAAACAGCCGCGGACUGUGAGCCAGCGUUGUGAAAGUUUACUAAUUUUCCUUACAUUAAUAGUUUUCCGUAAGAAAUGUAUUUUUUCUUCACACCAAUUUGGUAAUACGCUGUGUUUUACCACUUAAAGCAUUGAUUUAUAUUGUAACUACAUCGCUUAGUGAACUCCUAAAAAUAAACUUUGUCUUUACAAUGCUAGGGCAUAAAAUGUGCCUUUUUUGACUUGCGCGGCGUAUGUGGCUGAUUUUAUGUCUAAUGUGGAUACUCUCUAUAGAGCGACAGUCGCGUCGAUAAAACGAACGUAACGAAACGUGAAAACUUUAAUAUUAAUACAGAGUCAAAAGGAAUGGGUACAUCCCUAUCAUCCUUAAUGUAUACGGAUUUCUUUACACAUUGAUUGAUAUACAUUUCGUUUUCAUUCGUUUCAAAUACCACAUUUUGUUGUAUUUCAACCAUUGACCUCUUAUAAUAAAAGGACGCACAAUCAUGUACAAAAUUUCACUUAAAAACUGGCCAAUUUUGCUUUGACAGUUUUAGAAUUAUUGGUAAAGAAAAUUAUUCCUAAAGGCCUUUAAAUAUAGUCCAAUAUUCAAUAAAAUCUCAAAUUCAGAGCAAAUUCAACCUUAAGGUUUAAGUUUAAGGAUGAAUUUGCAAAUGCGACUACUUGAAUAGAGUGCCAAGAAGUUGUGUUAGGCACUCAUUGAGUGGGGACGUUUUUUGAUCGCUGAUUGUGCAUCUACUUUUUAAUAGGAGAUCGAUGAUUCCAACGCUUUUCACUUACUAAAGUCGUCAAAAUUAAAAAUCGAUAAAUUAAUAGAAAAUCACUAAUUUAUAUUUCCAUACUAAUUUGAACUAACUAGCUUGGUCUAUCGAAAUUGACUGACUAUAAUAAGUACAAUGAUAUUUUGCUAAGAUUUUUAACGUUAAAUAAAAACUUCCAAAAAUAACAAUAACUUUUUUUUUUUUUUUUUAAAUUAAAUAUCCUGAAUUUGUUAUUACUUACAUGUUAGGAUACAAAAAUAAAAAUAGAUUUAGAAAAAUUUAGAAGAAUAGUUGUUAAUUAAAAUUAUUGAAUUUGUAGUUGUAUUUUGUUUUUCCUUUUUUUUUUAGUUAUAGUAUAAGGAAUGGCACCGAAAAAUGCGAUCUAUGACUAUAGACAACAAAAUUAAAAAAAAAAUUCAAAUGUGGUAGUAAAACAUAGUUAAAUCUUGUUGUCUCCUUUUAUUUGAUAUUAUAAAAGAGUGACAGCUACAAUACUUUUAUAAUAUUAUAUUGUGUGUUCAAUAAUUUAAAACCGAAAAUCGACGCACAGAAAUUAUUAUUAAAGUUACAUUAGUUACUAUAAUUGUGUAGGUAUUUGUUAGUAGCUAUAGAUGUUUUUUGUAUUCAUCUCGCGUAUGUUUGAGUUUUGAUUGUGAUUUUGUUGUGAAAUAAACGUAUUGUACAAGAUGAUGUUUGAUUUUAAUAUAGUCAACCUAAGAUUUAGUUACUGAAUGCCUAAAAAAAGUUAGGCACAAUGAAGUAAAAAAAAAAGUGUGUGUCAGCUCAGAUGCACGAUUCAGAUAGAAUGUCUAAAUAGGUGUAUGUUGCACAGUAUACACUAUGUACGCUACGUGCACAUGCGUGCACGAUGUUGACGGCAGCGCACGGUGAAAGGUGCGCAGAAUAGGUUGCGCACAAAAACGCAACGCUGUCAAUUGUUCAUCGAAUUUUACUGCCCAUAUUUUUUUCAUACCGGGGGCUAUAUAUGAAGAAUCGAUUCAUACGGAGUAAACUCCAAUAAAAGUAAAAAAUCCCAUGUCAUGAUACAAUUUUAUUAAAAACAAUACAAUAUAACCCAUUUGCAACAACAACGCAAUAAGUACCACUAUGAUUACACAAAUAAUAUCCCUGAUGUACUUGUCCUAGCAUAAACAACAAAAAAUGACUUAAAAAAAGUAACAAAAUACCUCCUAAGAUUAGAGGAAAAAGAUAGACGAAAUCAUAAGGUGCCAACUAGGAAAUUAAAAUUCCAUGAUGUCGACUUUCAAAGAAAAACCAAAAAUCUUGAAUAUUUUAUACAUACACAAUUUUAUUUUAUUUUAUAAUAUUACCAGUUUCUCACAAAUUAGCUAAUCAAAACUAUUGAAGGUACAAUUUACAAUGGUAAGGGUUGGUUGUAAUAAAAACGAAAGCUGAAUGUCUA